ACAAGGGGACUCCGGGGGGGUCCCGGGCCGGCGGAUGCUCCGACCGGCUGCCGCCCGAGUGUGGGAGGCCGUGCUCGACCCCGGGCGGUGCCGGGCGCGCUCCCCGCGCACACGUGUCCCCACAGGGUGGAAGCCGGGGCUGUAGCCCAAGCAGCGGAGGCCGGGCGGCGGGGGGCACACGCGUGGGACCCUGGCCGGACUUUGGGGACACGUGCGUGGCUGGAGUCGCCGUCGCCUGGUGGGGGCAAGCGUGACCGCCCGGGCCCGGUCUGGAUCCCCUCCAGAGGAAGGAACAGGGGGCCUGAGCCGGCCUCUCAGCCAGAGUCCGCGGGCCCCAACCCAAGCCUCCUUUGUCUGCGGGGAAGGGACCAGGGGAGAUUGAAUGGGGAGCCCGCCGCCAGUGCCAGACUCUGAGCCUCACCCCCGUCGCCUUUCGUGGGGGUGGAGGAGCCCCGCGGCUUCACUGGUGGGAGAUUUUCUCCCUGGGAAGGUCUGGAAGGAACGGGAGGCAUCCCGUGAGUGGCCUCUGUGGGCAGCGCGGUCCCCAGCCUGCUCCUGUCCUCCGUUUACCUGGCCGCACCUGUGGACAAGGGGUCAGUGAGGGAGGACAGCUCUGGGCCUCAGCCUGGCUCGGGUGACCAACUCGAGGGGCAGGGGAAAGGCCUUCCAUGGCUGUCUCAUAAGCACGAGUGAGUGUCCUGAGUCCACUGGGCCCCUGGCCAGUCUCCCCAGGCAGAGCCCCUUCAUUGUCACUGGUGUCAGUCCAGCGACCCUCUUCCCUGCUCCAUCCUGCCGCCUGUGGCUUGUGAUGUGGGGCCCCAGGACCCACUCUUCUCUCAGCCUUGGGAUCUCUGGGCCUAACUGCUUCCCUUCUCACCUUAGAUGGUCCGUCUGACUUCGGGACCCUCGUCACCCAGGUGUCCCUUGCCCUGGAUGGGAGGUGGGGUCUGGUGAUGUUCCUGGAGGUAGGGCUCACUUAGUGACCCAGACGGCAGGGGUAGACCUCAAGGAGACCAGAGUGAGGAUAUGGACCCUGCUCUGACAGCCUGGGACAGCAGAGAGCCGGCCGCAGCCAGUCUGUACGUGGAGGGGGUGGGGAGGGAAAGGUCAGGUUGAAGUUCAGAGGUCACACCCAUAUCUGCAGGAUAGGGCCUGGGAAAGCAGGUCCUGAGGCCUGAGGUCCUGGGCGCGCAGGUCGGGGCCCCUUUGGCCGGGCAGAGGGCGCUGGGAGUGCCAGUUCCCAUGCCCUCUGGACCUGCCGGGUGAGCAGGCCUGUGGGCGGCAGCCAGUGGCCUCUGGACACCUAGCCACCCCUUCCCUGGUGUUUUUCGUAGACAGGUUCGUCUUUCUGUGCCCUAGGGUGACGUUUCCAUGAAACGUGUCUUUAUCCUGCACACUCGCAGGUCUCAGAAAUGAGUGGGCACAGACUCCUCCCCCCCGCCCCCACCCUGGACCAGGUUCUCCACACCAAGGCGCGCCGAGAGCGCCCUGUGCUCUGGGUCCCAGAGUCCUAGACAGAUCCAGCCUGCUGGCCGCAGACGAGAAGCCUCUGGAAAGCUGGGGUCGUGGUGCGCUGGGGUGCCUCUGGGCAGCUGGCUUGGCUUGGCCAGGUCAGCCUGCAUCGGGCCCACCGCCCCUUGGGCCGAUCAAAUCUCUGAGGCUGGGCCCUGCCUCUCAGAAGCCGGCACACCCCUUCCCAUCCCUUCUCCCAGGGCUGCGGGGAGCCUAGGCGCACCCAAAGUGAAAGAGAAAGUCGCCCCCCCAAAGCCAGCCCCGCCCCGCCCAGCGGCCAAUCCCUGCCUCUGGCACCUCCCUCUGCCACUGGAUCUCCUCCGUGAGCCCGGCGGGCUGGAGUCCUGGAGGAGCGAGACCCAUCGUCUGGAAGAGAAGUGGUGGUUGUGAAAUUCCCCAGCAAGUGGAGGACCGCCCCUCCCCCUCUGCCCCGCCCGCCCUCCGCCGCCUCUACCUCGUCUGUCUGCCACCAUCCACCUCUCCGGCUCCUACCAGGGUGCGCUCAGUUAAAUGGCUGAUAAGCAGAUCAGCCUGCCGGCCAAGCUCAUCAAUGGCGGCAUCGCCGGGCUGAUCGGCGUCACCUGCGUGUUCCCCAUCGACCUGGCCAAGACCAGGCUGCAGAACCAGCAGAAUGGCCAGCGCAUGUAUAGCAGCAUGUCUGACUGCCUCCUCAAGACCAUCCGCUCAGAGGGCUACUUCGGCAUGUACCGCGGAGCCGCCGUGAACCUGACCCUCGUCACCCCAGAGAAGGCCAUCAAGCUGGCUGCCAAUGACUUCUUUCGAUAUCAGCUCUCCAAGGACGGGCAGAAGCUGACCCUGCUCAAGGAGAUGCUGGCGGGCUGUGGAGCCGGCACCUGCCAGGUGAUCGUGACCACCCCCAUGGAGAUGCUGAAGAUCCAGCUUCAGGACGCGGGCCGCAUCGCCGCCCAGAAGAAGAUACUGGCUGCCCAGGCCCAGCUGUCGGCCCAAGGGGGCACCCAGCCCUCCGUGGAGGCCGCGGCCGCCCCCCGGCCCACGGCCACCCAGCUGACCCGGGACCUGCUGCGGAGCCGGGGCAUCGCCGGCCUCUACAAGGGACUGGGGGCCACACUGCUCAGGGACGUCCCCUUCUCCAUUGUCUACUUCCCUCUCUUUGCCAACCUGAACCAGCUGGGCCGUCCGGCAUCCGAGGAGAAGUCUCCUUUCUACGUGUCCUUCCUGGCUGGCUGUGUGGCUGGGAGCGCGGCUGCAGUGGCGGUCAACCCCUGUGACGUGGUGAAGACCAGACUCCAGUCCCUGCAGCGCGGCGUCAAUGAGGACACCUACACUGGGUUCCUGGACUGUGCCAGGAAGAUCCUGAGGCACGAGGGCCCCUCGGCCUUUCUGAAGGGCGCCUACUGCCGCGCCCUGGUCAUCGCCCCGCUCUUCGGCAUCGCUCAAGUGGUCUACUUCCUGGGCAUCGCCGAGACCUUGCUGGGGCUGCUGCAGCGGCCCCGGCACUGAGCCCAGCGGCCACCCAUGCCCUCCAGCCGCGUGGGACCAGAGUGAGGCUGGAGCUUGGCGGCCUGGCCAGGACUGUCCGCCCCUCCGCACGUGGAUGGGGGGGCAGAGGAGGGGCGCAGGGUCCACACGGGUGGUGCGCACAGGGGCCCCUGAGGGGUACUGCCUGCACGACCACUGGGAUCAACGUCUUAUUUAUGUAGAAACCGCAGAAAUCUUUACAUUCCUGGAGCCAGCCCCCGCCACAGCUCUGCCCCGGCCUGAACGCCCCCAGGGACAGAGCUGGUCUCUGGGCUGGGGCCCCCAGGCCUGGGCUGGGCGAGCGGGACCCUACCCUCCAGUCUACCAGCUCUCUGUCCCCGAGGCUUUGGCCCCUAGUCUACAAAGGGGACCCCGCACAAACCUAUUUAUUAACUUGCUGAGCACAAGUGCUCUGUCCCUCCCUGUGUCCAUCCGUCCAGCCUUCCCUUGCUGCAGUCUUUCUCGCCUCAGCCCGGACUCCACUUUGCCCCCCAGCCAGCCUUGCAGGAGGAUUGGCUCUCCUGCCCCCCGUAUUGAGCCAGGAGUCCCAGGUGGGGGUCACUGAGUUCCGACUCCCAGGGCAAGCCCUCUUACUCUACUGUGGGACCCAGCAUCCCUCUUGGCGGAGCCUCUCUGCUCCCCCCCCGCACCUCCGGGCUGGGGUCCCGUGAUGGGUGAGGUCCGUGUGCAUGUGCAAAUGUUCUGGGGAGGUUUUGUCCGCCAGCCCUCAACCUGCCCGGCCUCUCAGAGACCGGGCUGUGGUGGGGGCCACUGGCCUCCCCCCCCCCCCCAUGGCCAGGCCACGCGUGUUUGUGCUGUGUGCCCGAGGCUCCCCUCUGACCCCAUCCAGGAGUCUGUUUUUCCAGCCUGGUUCUUGCUGCAUCUCACCAGACCCCUCUUCUGAGCCCCCCCCCUGGGUCUGGGAUUGGCCAGUGGGGAGGGCAGGCAUGAGGACCAGUAGGAGCCUGGGGGCACCCGCUUUAUUUCCCAGGGCCCACCCUACUCUCUGGGCCGCCGCAUAAGGCCCCUGACCACACUCCAUAAGUUCUGCCCUCCGGGACCGCCCUCCAUAAAUGUUGUGAAUUGAAGCUGGCCUGCCCCGCCCCUCACCUGCCCCACCCUAGGCCACGUGAUUGUGUUGGUGAUAGAUCCUGAUGUGCUGGUGCUGUGUACCCCCACCUGGGCUCCCUCCUCGGGGCUCAGGCCUGGGCCCCCCCAGUUCACGGUUGUUCCUGGGAGCUGUCCUCUCCCACCACAUCUGUACCUUGAGAGCUGCUGCUGCUUACAGAAUUAUAUUUUUUCUUUUGAAGAGUUUUAAGAAGUUGUAACUUUUUGUGUCUUGUCCUGUAAGAAGAUAAAUAAAUAUUCUAAGUAGAU